AUGCUGCUCGCUGUCUUGAUCGCCAAUUCUGAAGGCAAUAUUCUCGUUGAACGUUUCAAUGGAGUUCCGGCUGAGGAGCGUUUGCACUGGCGGUCUUUCUUAGUGAAACUCGGAGCUGAUAAUCUUAAAGGUGUCAAGAAUGAGGAGCUUCUUGUUGCAUCCCACAAGUCAGUUUAUAUUGUUUACACAGUGCUUGGUGAUGUCAGUAUAUUUGUUGUGGGCAAGGAUGAGUAUGAUGAACUUGCCUUGGCAGAAGCUAUCUUUGUUAUAACCUCAGCCCUAAAAGAUGUAUGUGGGAAACCUCCAACAGAGCGCCUGUUUCUUGACAAAUACGGGAAGAUUUGCUUGUGCUUGGAUGAGAUUGUGUGGAAGGGGUUGUUGGAGAACACGGAUAAAGAGAGAAUCAAGAGACUUGUAAGAUUGAAACCACCUACGGAAUUCUGA